CCAGGGUCUGUGAGCAAACAGCUUAGAGAAAGAGCCCAGCUUAGUGCCCAGGGCUGUCCCAGGAGGCGAUAGCAAGCAAACAGGGGCAGCCCGCACCCUCUCCAGCACAGCAAGGAGCUCUUUGGGCAGGGCUGUGACUGAGGGAAGUUUCAGGAGGGGGUGUUUGGCUUUACAGGCAUAUGCGCACAGAUGUAUAUAUAUAAAAACCCUGCAGACGGAGCCCGGGAGGGUUGGCAAACACACCCACACCUUGGUUCGCCGGGCAGCGCUCUGGGCGUCCCCGCAGCUGAACGCCAGCGUAGGGGAGUGUGCGGGUAGCGGGGAUAUCUGCCCAUGGGCUCGCUGCUGCUGCUGCUGCUGCUGCAGGCAGUUUGGAAAGGCGCCCUGGGAAAAUCCCAUUCGCUGCACACCCGAGGAAUCAUUGAACUGGCAGGAGCUAUCACAUGUGGCACGGGGCGGUCUCCCUUGGCAUAUAUUGACUAUGGGUGCUACUGCGGACUGGGAGGACAAGGCUGGCCUAAAGAUAAAACAGACUGGUGCUGCCACAGGCAUGACUGCUGCUACGACAAGGCGGAGAGAGAGGGCUGCAGCCCCAAGGUGCAGAGAUACCAGUGGGAGUGCAAGGAGAAGGCCGUGCAGUGCGAUAAAGUGACAGACCGAUGUGAAAAAAUGGUGUGCCAGUGCGACCAAGAAGCAGCCAAGUGUUGGGGAGAAGCCCCUUACAACCCACUCUUCAUCCUCUGGCCAAACUUUCUGUGUGGACAGACUCAUCCCACCUGUCACUUCAGCUACGGGGGGGAAAAGUAGUCUUGUUAGAAGCUUUCCUCUAAUCUGAAGGCACUGGAAUAAAAAUUGUACCUCUUUUCCCUGAGC